UUCGAAAUCUACAUCUGAGCGUGUAUCACGCCAUGUUUCACGUGUACUUAUUGCGCUAAAUACGCGCUAAUUUAUUUUAACAAUACAACACACUUGUACUAACAAAGCAAGAUGGGACAAACGCUUUCAAUCGGCAACUCAUUUAUUUUCCCAGCUCCACCGCCCUCUUACACAUCCCAAUUAUACGAGCUUAUAUGGAUCCCAAAGCGGUUUGGAUAUGAUGCAGAGGGAAGCCGGAAUCCGACACCUGGAUCGUUUCCUGUGCUCUAUCUACCGUCACCUGUACCUUCUAACACGAUAUUGAUCUAUCUACAUGGAAACUCAUGUGAUAUUGGCCAGGUGAAGCCAGAGUUACGGCUAGUCGCCCAUGAACUGAAUGUCAACAUUUUGGCGGUGGAAUACCCUGGAUAUGGAGUGUCACCAGAAGUUUCUGUGGCAACGGGUGAACUCAUCAACUGCCGUGUACGUGCAACCUUCAAUUUCCUGUUGUCACUUGGAGUAAACCCUCACUCUAUUAUCUUCUUUGGCAGAUCUAUAGGAACAGGUCCAGCGGCCGCUUUGGCUGCUGAAUUCAAGAAAAGGGGGAUACAGUGCGGCGGAGUUAUUUUGCAAUCGCCAUAUAUAUCUAUACAUCGUAUCAUUGAGGAAUAUUUUGCGUUGGGUACCUGGCUGGUGAACAACUUCUGGGAUACUGAAAAGUCACUGGCUAAUAUGGGACCUCAAACGCCCCUAUUGAUCAUCCAUGGUCUCGCUGACGAAAUAGUACCGGUGUACCAUGGACAGACCUUGUAUGAAUCAUACAAAAGUGACAUCAAGAUGGCAGAUUUCCAACCGAAUUCGAAGCACAAUAUGUACUCUAUCAUCGACGAUCUUUGCGUGCCCAUUGCUAAAUUUUUGAGCACCUUGAGUCUCUCCAGGAAUACAGGCCCAGUAAAUAUCAAGUUACCUCAAUGGUGUCUCUAUAGCUGCCAAAAGCUAGUUAGUGGUCAAACAAUAAUGGAGCGCAACAGACGUAACGCUAGAGGUGGACACGAAAAGCAGAUUUGUUCAGCGCGAUCCGAUAAUAGAUCAGCCAGACGUAUAUUUUCCAGGAAUUACUCAAUGAAUGAUAACACUUAUGUCGCUGUCAAGGAUGUUGACCUGUCAAAAAGAACUAUCUUGAAGCCAACAGCAACUGAUGGAAGUAGACCAAACAGUGCACGUUCGUUGUUAGACAGUCCCCAAUCUGAUGGCACCCGUCAAGUCAAUCGCAAAGUUUCCAAAACAAGCUUUCAGUCUUCGCUUCAUGAUUUAUGCGAAAGCAACGCCAUUACUAGUGAUGACAUAUCGGAUAUAGUAAACGAGGCUAUAGUAAGAACGACGUCUAACGCUUAAUUCGUGCUCAAUGGAAUCAAAACUGUUAAUAUAUGGAUACACAUAUAGCA